GUACGACAAAAGAUCAUCAAUAUCAAAAAGGACGACUUAGAAAUGAUCAUGAAUGAACUGGAGCUACCAAAGAGCGUAGUGGAAAGAAAGUUGGUGGAGGUAAACGGCGAUCCGAUUGCAGCUAUGAAAAGUUUCAUGGGUUUUGAUCCAUAG